CUUCCUCUCUAAUCCUAGCCUUGAAUACACCACCGUCCAUUCUUUUAUCUCUCGUCCCUCCCAACCUUGCCAACGUUGUCAUCUUCUUCUCCCGUCCGCGUCCGCAAUGUCACCCGUCCGCCCGAACCUCAUAGGUAACCACCGGCUCUUUAUUCAAUCCGUUCCUUCAGCAUCUUCAUCUCUCAGAAUCUCGACCUCGAAUUCGACAAGUUGCAUCCAAGGGCCGUUUAUGACCUCACAAUCUGUCAUCUCAUUGGAAUCUAGCGUAUCCAUGACUUCAACAGAUUGGUUUUCAAAUAUGAUUAAUAUGAUUCUCUUCUGCUGCCUUCCCCAUAAUGGAACUGGCUCAUCUUCAAGUGAGUCCAAAAUGAGAAGAAUCCUUGCUAAUGGUGUUGGAAGCAUUAAUUUCAUGAGCAUCAAGGAAUUUGUUAGAUUUGUUUCUUGACAUAUCAAUGGCUACAUUUUUUCAUGAUUAACAUUAUUUAUUCAGAUGGAUUAUUUCAUUUGACUGUUUCAGGUAGUUCUCACCGCUUGUUGUCAACAUACUUUUUACUUCCUUUCCCCUUUCAACCUAGAAUUAGUUGUUUCCCAGAUUUUGAUUUCUUCCAUUCAUAUAAUACAGAUAUGGAGAAGUUCCUAUUUAUGCCUAAAAAGGAACUUCUAUACCAAUUCAUGAGAAGAUACAUCCCAGAUCUUUAUAUGAAUUAUACCGGGUGUGGGUUGAUUUAUUACUAACAAGGAACUUGUCUAUUAAUUACUUCCAUUCAUAAAAAAAUAUGGCCGGUCUUUAAAUAGAAAAACCAAUAUUCACUUUGCCAAUUAUAGUUUGGGACAUCUCAUUUGCAUAAGUUUGACCCUUUAACUCUUUAAAUAAAUUCCAGGAGGAAUCAUAUCAUUUUCUGAACUUUCUAGCUGAACUUUAAAAAAAUAUCAAUCUGCACUAAUAAUGUCAUCUUAGCGACACUUUGAGAGCAAAUUUUGUCAAUCUCAAACUUUUAUAGGGAAAAAUAAUUUAAAUGCCUCAAAUUCUAAUGUGGUGUGAAAUUAUUACCCAAGGUUGCAUAUGUAAUAUAUAUACCUCGAACUUUAUGUAAAAAGUUAUUUUCGCACCAUGAUUAUAUUUUUUUUACAAAUGUGAAUUUAUUGGAUUAAUUACAUUAUUUAGAAUACUCAAAAGCUUUGUUAGAAUGCAGUUAACGUACUAAUUAAAAUUUCAUUUGUGAAAUAAUAUAUGAUCAUGGUGCUAAUAUAACUUUUUAUAUAAAGUUUAGGGUAUAUAUAUUACAUGUGCAAAUUUGGGAUAUUUAAAUUAUUUUUCUUAUUUUAAUAAUGUCAUAUUAUUUAUAGGUUUUUAUUAUAUAUAAUUUUUUUUAUUAAAGUAUGAUAAGCGAAGUAUAAAUUACUCCAUUCUUUUAAUGCUAUUAAAAUUGCAUUGGGCAUAUUUUUUGUCGCGCAUCACGCGUUAAAAUAGUAGUAAUAAUAUCCACGGGUAACCGUUUCCCCAAAUGAUACCAAAUAACCAUUUUUUUUGGGAAAAAAAUAACCAAUUUCGAAUCCUACUUGUUAUUUAUAUAUUCAAAACACCCUAAAACAUAGUGCAUGUUUGGCACACAUAAGUCACUGCCUUCUAGCUUUUGUAUUGUUUAAAAAGUCUCUAAAAGCUUUUAGUUGUGUGUUUGGCAUGACAAAUUUUAAGAGCUUCUCGAAAAAUAAAAGAUCUUUUUUGAGAUGCUACGGGGAGUGGCAUCUGAGAAAAGACCAUGACGGCAUGACUUUUAGUAUUAAUUUGUCUUAACAGCUUGUAUACCAAACAAGACUAAAUACAGUCGACUUUUUACCAAACAGCUACCACCUUUUCUUUUUAAGAUAUUUUCAGUCACUAAAAGCUAACAGUUACUAAAAAGCUCACAAAAGUAUCUUUUCAGCUAGUCGUGCCAAACAUACCCAUACAAAACUAAAUAUUUAAGAAAUCAAGUAGAUUGGCCUAAAUUCAUUAGUAUGACAUGCAUCUAAUAUCUCUUGUAACAUAAUAAAGAAAAGUGAUCAUCCCAGAAUCCAAAUUCCAAAAAUAGGUUUAGGCCUAUAUUUAGUUUUAGGCCUAAAAAAGUAGUAUACUUUUUAGCAUUAUUUAUAUGAUAUACGACAGUAUACCACUUAGUAUACAUAAUUUAGCAUAUAUACUUAUUAUUCUUAUAUAUAAAAAGUUAUACUUCAUUAAUAAUGUUACGGAUCGGGUAACGGUGCGGGCACCCGCACCAUUAGUGAACGGGGCGGUUUCGAGGCGGAUAACGGGGCGGAUUAAUAUAGAACCAUAACCGCACCAUUAACCAUUUAAAAAAUUCGGGUAUUCCCCGCCCUGUAUCCAUUCCCCAGUCAAACCGAUUUUCCCCAGUUUGACCAAAUCGGUUCGGUGCGGGUAUCCAACGGGUCGGCCGAAAUUGCCAUCUCUACCCAUAAGAAAGUUUAAAAGAAAAGUACUACAUCCGUCCCUUUUAUAUUGAGACAGAAGAGGGUGACACGGUUUUUAAAAAAAGUAGGUUUGUUUGGUUGAUAUUAAUUGAUAAAGUAAGAAAAAAGUAAAAACAAUUUUGAGCCACACAAAUUUUAUCAAAUAUGAUAUGAGAGAAUAUUAGUGGGACUUCCCAAAAAAGUAAAACGAGACAAUAUAAAUGGGACGGAGCCAAGACCUGAAACGGUGGGUUUCCAAGACCAUGGGUCAGGUCACGCUAGAUAACAAAAUUCAACCGUUUAAUGUGGUUUGGUCCAAACAUAUAAUAAGUAUUCUAAUUAAAGGUAAGACAUUCCUACGAUACUAAGUAGUUAUAUUGCUAAUUGGUAUCAACUCGGUCAAGGGCCGAGUAACGAGUAGGACCGAGCAUUCGGGAUUACUCGCUAAUUACUUGGCCCUAUAUUAAUUAGUAAUUUCAAAAAUAUUAAUGUCUGAAAUUACACUAAUAUAUUAUUCUUAUAAGCCUCAUUUAUGAAUAAAAUAAUAAUAAUAAUAAUAAUCCUUAAUUCCUAAUGAAGAAGAAGUGAGAAAGAAGAUAGUGGAGAAAAACUUGUCGAGAGAUCGGAAACCACUGCUGGAAUGAGUCGAUGUUUGAAAUACUUUUAUAACCUAAACUUUUUAAUGUUAAUUUUCAUUUUUAAAAUACGUACUACUCAUUAUUUAUAAAUUCCAUAGUAUCCCUCUUUAAUUAAAACUUUUCAAAUUCAACCAAAAAUAUAUUUUAAGACUGGCCGAGUCAGAAAUUUCCCCAUGUCCAGCAACUCGCCGAGUACUCUGCGAGUAACUUGGAAAAGCAAGGCGGGCCAAGUCGGAUUGCUAAACGUAACAGUCACCUCCCGAGUUGCAAGUACUCACCGAGUAGAUAACACAACUACGAUGACAUGGUAGAACAUUAUAGCCAGCAACAUGUCUGAUGGCAAUACUUUGCAAGGGAAAAAUUAAUUCGGUUAAUUCUAAGGCAAUAAUUACUUGGUUAUUUUACUUGGUUUACACCUCGCAUUCUCGCAACAGGAAAAAUUUAUUAAAGAUCACGUCAAAUAGUUUGAUAUAAUUCAUACAGAGAACUUAUGUUUUAUUUUGAAACUCAAGUGUUGCUCGUUUCAUUGCUAUUGUGGAUGGAAAUAAUUUUUAUUUUACAAGCUUCUACACCUUUGUAUGUGUAGGAUAAUUUUGAAAAUGUUAAAUCUGUUUCACAAUCACGUUUCACAAUCACAUAUUUAAAGAAAUCACAUUCUUUAGAAGUGGUUUACCACUGCAGUAUGGAGUAAAUCACUUCUAAAACAUUUAGAAGUUAACCCCAUUAUUAUCCUUGCCUUGGAUUUUGUAUUUCCUUCAAAAAAUCUUAUUCACCACUCUUGUGACUGAGAUGAUAGUAAAAUAAUAACCAAAUGUUUAUAUCACACAAGUUAAUUGGGCACUACUAGCCGGGCAUAUGGAUAGAUGAUGCACACAAAACCCUGUGUUCAGUUCAAGAGAUGAACACUCUUAUGUGAGAUUAGUUUUUAUGAGUCACUUAAGAAUUGGAAACUGCAAGUGAGAAAACUCGCACCAUGGUGAGAUUAUGGAGCUAGAAAACACCCUUAAUAUUUAAAGUGCAGCCGUCAUUUCAUUCAUAUCAUGGAGAUUUAUAACAAAAUGUUACCGGUCUUCUUGGUCGAUCUCUCAUCCAUAAAUUUGAUGGUAAAAUUGUAAACUUAGUUGAAUAGAAGCAAACAUAUUGAAUACUAUAAAUAAUACUUAAUAAAUUGCUACUUCCUCUCAAAAUAUAGAAAACAUUAUGUGGCACAUAAAUAAAUUUUAUAUUUCUCUUGAUAAGUAUUCACUAUACUCACAGAUUCAUGUGAAAGUCCUAGAAUAGGUCAAAUAGGAAAUACCGAUACUUUGAGAAGUUGCAAAAAAGGGGGUCAAAUAAGUCCUUAUAUAGAAAAUUCUGUCUGGACGUUCCAUUUGAGGUGGCUCCCGGUGGAAUUUUUUGAUGAAAUUUUUUGAGCUUCUUAUUCAUUAAGUCUAGUUUACUCAUACCAAAUUUCAAACAAAAAUUCAAUCGGGAAGACAUUCAAAUGAAUUCUUGAAGAUAACUGUGCCGUUAAAAGCGCAGUUAUCUUCAAGAAUUCGACACUAGUGCAAAAAAGACAUUCUAUAACUUAGGGGUGGGAUUUUGGAACCGGGAACCGUAGAACCGAUUGGAACCGAACCGUUAAGAACAUUUUGGAACCGAGCCGUUAACAAUUAAUGUCUCAUUUGUAGGAACCGAACCGAAACGGGUUAUAACGGUUCGGUUCCCGGUUCCUAUAAAAAAUAUGUGCAUGGAACCGUUAAGGAACCGUUAUUAAAAUAAAAUAAAAUAAAAUAAAAUAAAAUAAAAUAAAAUAAAAUAAAAUAAAAUAAAAUAAAAUAAAAUAGUAGUACUAACGAUAAUAAUAAAAAUAUAAUAGAAAUAAUAACCACCACCACAACAACAAUAAUAAAACAAUAUAAGAUAUUUAACUAACAAUUCUAUUUAAUCAAUGGAAAAGAAGUAAUAAAUAUUGUACAUGAGGUUGAUAUAAUACAUUAAACUCCUUUCUACAAAUCAAAUUUUGUUCCAUCACAUAAAUUUUAUAAAUAUAAAAUAACCCAAAUAACUUGUAGUUGAUUGCACAUAUUUUACUUUACUAUUUUCAUGAUAUUUCUAAUUAUUAGAUUUAUUAUGAAUAAAUAGAAUGUAAUAAUGUUUUUUAUAUCUAUACAUGCAAACUCAAUGUCUUUUUUUUAUGUUUUGAAAGACUUGAAGUAGGCGUCCUAUUCUUGCUACAAUGAUGACGAGUAAUCUUCAUCGCUUCGACACUACAACGAUUUUUAAUGUUUGAUUUAUUACAUUAAAAUUUAAAUCACUUUUGUUCUAUUAAGUGUUCAAAGUUUAUUAGUUAAGUUUGAGAUUUGAUGUUUGAAGUGAUUAGAGCUUCAAAUAAAAUUUUAAUACUCGUGUUUUGAAUUUUUGACGUGUUUAAAAUUAUGUGUUAAUUCUUAGACGAGAAAAAAUUAUUCUAGGAACCGAUAAAAGGAAGAACCGAACCGUUUACUACCGGUUCGGUUCCAUAAUGAUUCUUGAUUUUUUCUAUAGGAACCGAACCGAUUUCGUUAGUUAAAAUUUUUAUAACGGUUCCACUCAUUUUGAGUAAGAACCGAACCGGUCCCAGCCCUACUAUAACUGGGUUUUAAUAUGGGUUCUCAAGGACUGUUAUUAUAUGUAGGAAUGGGGUCAUAAUUAUAAAUAGUGAAAGUUGCAACAAGUAAUACGGUUAAGUAUUAUAAAUAUAAAAUAUUAUUCAUAACGGUUACAAAUAGAACUGACAUAGUAAAUUGAAACGGGGUCAUUUACAUAAUAUCCGCAAACUUAUUUUUGAGAUGGGGCUCCUUUUAUAAUUUUAAAAAAUGAUUUUUAAUGUCAAUUCACUUAUAACCCUUAGAAAGUGGCGACUAACAUUUAACCCAUCCGUCUGCCUAGGUCUGAAGACGCCGCCGAUGCUGCUCCAGACAACUUUGAAGAGGACGACGCCACUGCUCCUCCCGAUGAAUUCGACAAAUACGACGCCGCUGCUAUUCUCGACAACUACGACGAAGACGACGCCCCUGCUCCCGACGACUUAGACGAAGACGGUGUCCGCUGCUACUUCAGGUUAACAGACGAAGACGUGCUGCUCUCCAUUAACACUCGACGCACCGCUCUGUAUCAACCGAGAAAGAGGACCCACGGAUUUCUGCUCUCCAUAACUGACAAAUCGACAAUCAGCUCUCUUCCAUCUUAGUUGAUGCACCUGCAGUAUUAUGGUUGCUAGAUUAACGGGCUUUGCUUGAGAAGGACAAUGUUAGUUGUUACUGGCUUACUGCUUAGCUUUUAUUUCUCUUCAACCACUAAAAGUAUUUUCUUUUCUAUGAUGAGUGACUUUCAAUAUCUAAUGUUUCAGAUGGAAUUUUGCACUGACAAAUUCUUUCCCCAAUUGAGCAUGGGUCACAUAUUCUCCUAAUUUGUCUAAUGCAGUGUUUACUUGUUGCCUGAAUAGACAAAAUGGAGGCAUCAUCAUGUCUCUAAUGCCUCAUAAUGUGAAGUAUAAAGCCGAUAUCUACAGUCUUUCUGACUAAUUGCAUAUUCUGCUGGUGGCUUUCUCUUGUAGAAUAUUUCAUAAUGUGUCUGCUCUGACAGUCUUUCAUAUUUUGUUAUUGCAAUUUUCUCAUCAACGGGAAAGGGAUAAAAAACCAAUCCGAUCUGUCAAUUGCAUGUCCAUGGACUUUUAAGCGUUAUUCAUAUAUGUAAUCAUUGAUGGCAUUGCAAUUUUGGGAAGUACUAUUUAGUUUUUUCUAAAAUUUAUUUAUUUUAUGUUAUUUCAGUAGGAUAUUGGACCUCAAAUUUCAGCAAAUCUUCCCUUACAUGGAACUUUGACGGAUUAUCUACUUUCUUCUAUUGUUCUAGUAUCAUUUUCAUUUAUUUCAAUUUGGAUUUCAAUGCAUAUACAAUUAUUUAAAGUUUGAUAGUGUGACUACUUAAGGGUUUUGAUUUAAAUUACAUCCCUUCUUAUGAACUCUCAUGUUCACAUUUUUCUACACUCAAGUUGGUUUACUAAAUUUGGAGAACAAGCUAAGGCAUUUGUCAAAAAUUUAGUGGAGACUACUCGUAGUAACUUGCAGGUGCGUAAUAGAACACUUGAUUCUCUGCAUCUGUUCUCGUGUGUAACUUUGCAUGCAUUUUAUUAUUUGAAUAUCAUAUGCUGUUAAUAUUCUUUUUCAUUUUAUAUGCCUUGCUUAUGAAAAUGUCUUCAUUUAUGCUGGAAAGCGUUACUAUGAAAAUGUCUUCACUUAUGAAAAUACAUGAGCCUAAUUUUGUUUUGGUCAUACACCCUUUUCUGAUUUUAGGAUGCUUUGGAAUAUGAAAACUUGCUCACAAUCAAUUUCCUACUUGGAAAGUUUUCUAAAAAAUAAAAGUACUCGUAUAUGCGGAUAUGCCUAUUUGAGAAGCAAACUGUUACAAUGAAACCAAAGCCCCAAUGUUUCGGAUAUGAAAAUUACAAUAAACAAGAAAAUUGAAGCAAGACGUGAUAAUCUAAAGGCUGACUUGGGUGAACUUGUGAAUGUAGGAACUUUGAUGUUGCGAAGAAUGACGAAGAGUGCACAUUGAGUGACAUUCGGCGAGUAAGUGUUACUGAUUGUAGGUUGCAAGUUUUAUCAUAUUUGGCACUUUCAAAUGAUAAAUAAGUAAUGAUUGAAUUCAUGGUGAAUUUUGCAUUUGUUACUUGAUUGCUGUCAGGAUUAAGCGGGUUGUUAACCUUGAUUGUCUUCUUUUUUCCUGUGACAUUUUGAAAUUUUGCCGUUUUACAGGUCGUAAUGGAUGGAUGUCGGUUCUAUUAUACACCACUUUGUGGUUUCAUAGCAUGUUUCUCUAGGCUUGAAUUCCAAGCUUUUCUACUUUUUCUAUUAUUAUUACUUAUUUAAUGGGUUUUAUAAUAAUCCUUUCUAUGUGGAAUCUGAAGUUAAUUUUUUAUUCUAAUUGACAGAAAAUUCCGAAACUCGCGAUUAGGAGGAUUUUAUUGUAGCCUGAAGUUCUAAAGUGAAGUAAGAAGUGUAGCUUCAGUACGCUAAUCUUUUGUAAUUGGUCUUUUGUAAGAUAUAGGGAAUUGUAUGGAGUAAUUGUUAUGUAUUCAAUUCAAAUGUCUGUAGAUAUAAAUUCGGUGUUUCAGUGUUUGUAAUUUUUAUAGGUUCACAUACAGUAAGUUAUGUUUUUUGAGAAAAAGCGUCCAGUAUGUAUGUGUAUAUAUAUAUAUAUAUAUACACUCCACGUGAGAAAAAGCGUCCAGUCAAAUGCAAAGCAAUUAU